UGAAAGUAAUUUCUAGAAGCGAAAGAUAUCCCCGAAGACAUCAGCAGUUACAAUGAUGAGAAGCGAGAUCGUAAUCAUUCUGUUCGCUUUUCUCGUUGAAGGUAUGUUUGGUGUUACACAUGCAGUGAAGUCCGUAUCAGAAAUGGAGGGAGAUUCAGUCACUCUAAACACUGGUAUAAUCAAAAAAGAGCAUGACAAGUUGCUGUGGUAUUUUGAAGACACUCGCAUCGCUCUGAUCAAUGGAGAUCCCAACACGAGCUGUUUAUAUGAUGGAGAAGACGGGAGAUUCAGAGACAGACUGAAGGUGGACUAUGAGACUGGAUCUCUGAUCAUCACAAACAUCACAACUCAACACGCUGGACGUUAUGAAGCAGAGAUCAUCAGAAGUGAGAGUUCGGCAAAAGACAAAACUUGAACAGAAGCCCCAAGUGUAACAGCACAAAAAUCACCAAAAAAGCCUCAACUAAAAUCUUUCAGUCUGACUGUCAGUGCUGUUUCAGGUUCAGGUCUGUCUCCAGCUGCUGUAGCAGGAAUUGUUGGCUGCAGCUGUAGCUGCUGUAGCUCUUGUGAUUUACUUUUGCCGCAGAAGAUCCAGAAAUGGAUGCUGUCACUUGUUCUUUAUUGGAGGAGUUCACCUGCAUCCUUUUCUACUAAGUUGGCAGUUUAUCUAAUGCCAAAUACACUUAUCCGACGAUCAAUCAUUUCUCAUAUUUACUUUCUCUCGCCGUCACAGCACACAGACAAGAUGUACAAGGAGUUCACCUGCAUCCUUUUUGAUUGGCACCCCUUCCAGGAAGUUGGAAACCAGAUAACAGCAGCGGUCAGCAGCGGUCACCGGUACGUCCCCGACAUGGCACUUAAAAUGAUGGGAAGCUGUGUGCUCAUCCUGUUUGUGUUUCUCGUUGAAGGUGUGUUUGGUGAUGAAGUGAAGUCAGUGAAGGAGGGAGAUCGUGUCGCUCUAAACACUGGUGUUACCAAACAACAACUUGACAUGAUGCGGUGGUACUUUAAUGAUGUUCUCAUAGCUCUGAUCAAUGGAGAUCCCAGUACAAGCUGUUUAUAUGAUGGAGAAGACGGGAGAUUCAGAGACAGACUGAAGGUGGACUAUCAGACUGGAUCUCUGAUCAUCACAAACAUCACAACUCAACACACUGGACGUUAUGAAGCAGAGAUCAUCAGAAGUGAGAGUUCGGGAAAAAGACAAAACUUGAACAGAAGCCCCAAGUGUAACAGCACAAAAAUCAUCCCAAAAAGUAGCAUCUUCGUUGGCAAAAUCAUUAAAUCAUUCUCUCUGACUGUCAAUGGUUCAGGUUCAGGUCUGUCUCCAGCUGCUGUAGCAGGAAUUGUUGUUUGUGUUCUACUGUUGGCUGCAGCUGUUGUUGGUGUGAUGAUCUAUUUCAGCAGGAGAUCCAGAAAAGACAAGAAGAAAAACAAACAAGUGCUAGAAUAGUGUCUAAGGAUGAGAAGCAGAAUGAAGAAGGCCACUUUCAUAGCAACCUGGGCUCUCUUCACACCUGAGCAGUGCCACAGACUGAUCGACUCCAUGCCACGACGCAUUGCUGCAGUAAUUCAGGCAAAAGAAGCCCCAACUAAGAAUUAAGUGCUGUACAUGCUCAUACUUUUCAUUUACAUACUUUUCAGUUGGCCAAGAUUUCUAAAAAUUAUUUCUUUGUAUUAGUCUUAAGUUAUACUUAGUUCUAAUUUUCUGAGAUACUGAAUUUGGGAUUUUCCUUAGUUGUAAGUUAUAAUCAUCAAAAUUAAAAGAAAUAAACAUUUGAAAUACA